AUGGUCAACUACGAGCCGUACUGGUCUUACGCUACAGGCUACCCAGUGUUACAGGUGCUGGAAAUGGGGUCACACCCAAUGGUUCUGCAAGAAGUCUGCGCUGUGCCCGCGCUGCGGCACAGCGGCCCAUGGGGGAGACGGGAGGGCGGGGGAAGCCCAAUGCCCAACCCACGGCAACGAGAUUCCAUACUUUUGUCCGUGCUGCUCAGGGAAGCACCCGGCCUGGCCCAGGAGGAGGCUUCAAGGAGUUCGAGGCAAGGAAAGCUGACCUUUGCGAGGAAGGUUGAUACGGAUCUGACCGGAUGCCGAGGAGACGGUGUUGGGGGCCUAGGGGUUACGACUCCAGAGGCCGCGGAUAGCUUGGAGGCGGACGGUCAGGAUGUCGGAAUGCAGGGAGCUGGGUAG